AUGAUCGGUCGAGAAACUCCAAAAAAGAAUACAAAUCUUGGUUCUUCACCCCCCUUAUCUUAUCACCCGAAUUCAACUUUGCCUAUUCAAUACCAACCGAAUAUCAACUCUUAUAUACAACCACUUCAGAUCGGUCAACAAACAAUGCAUUCCAUCCAAGCACCACCACAGCCACAGAGAAUUCUACCAAAUCAACCACCUCCUCAAAACACAUUCCAUUUCAACUCUUUUAUUAAUCCAAUCAACAUUCCAUCAAUUAAAGAGGAGCAACUACAAAACAACCAGUCAACAACAUCCAACAACAACAACUCAAACUUUCACAAAUUUAAACUAUCAAAUUCUGUCAACACAUACAUUCCACCACAUCAGCAGCAACAACAACAACAACAAUCAACCUCUACUAACAAUUUAAGUAGCAGUGGAGGAUUACCAAUACCACCACCACCGGGAUCUCUUCACAUCGGCAACAAUGCCCUAGGUUCCACACAACUACAACCACAACAAAACUCCUCCACAUCUACCAAUACCACCCCAAAUACAACUUCCGAAUAUCCAACUUUAUUUAACUCUCUUCUAGGAGGACACUCUCCAAACAUGGUCAGUGGCAUUUUCCAAUCGCCAUCUUCAUCGUCCUCAUCGUUAAAUGCACCUCCAAUCUCACCAAACUCGCCACAAUCGCCAUCAUCCUCAAACUCAAGUUCAAUGGGUUCUCCAAAUGCAAUUUUGAGCUCUCCGACUUCAACUACGACAAACACCACCAACCAACUAUCUCAAUCCCAAACCCUGAGCAAUCCAAAUGCCUCCAACACCACAACACCAAAGGUCGACGCAAACAACAACUCACCCACCAAAGCCACCAAACCCAAACCAAAUAGAUCACCAAGCUCAAUUGCUAGACGUCGUGAACAGCAUCGUGAACACGAACGUCAACGUCGCUUGAAGCAAAAGCAACUACUUUCCUCUGCCACUGAGGUGCGCCAAGAGAACACGUCACUCCUUCUCAAAGUCGCUCAACUAAAGAAUGAACUCAUCAUCUCUCAGAAUAGCUAUGCUCAGAUGGCACAGUCCUACGAGGAUCUUAUGAAUACCUUCAACUACGUUUCCUAUGAAAACAGUUCUCUCAAGAAGGAAAUCGAGCACUACAAGUUUGGAGCUCCAAUAGCACAACAAAAGUUGUUUCCAAACAACAUCAAUCCACCUGCCGGAUCGAUACUAGUACACUCGCCACCUCUUCCACUCGUAGGACCAUCCAUCUCGUCACUACCACACCCAGUGAUGUACCCACAAAUCAAAAAAGAAAUAUCACUCUCACCACAAGCCAACACCACUGGAACAUCCACACCCAACAAUAACCAACAAAACACCUAUGGAAUAUCACCACAACAACAGCAGCAACUACCAAACAAUCUCCAUAUGAAUCAAUAUGGAUCGCUUAUCCCUCCACCACCACCCUCCAACAACAAAGACCAACAACCGCAACAACCCAACAGCAACUCCUACCUCUGGAGCACCAACGGCCAAACACCAAACAAUUCACAAUUUUCACCUCCCCCAAAUUUUCACUCAAGUCACAACUAUUCUACGGAUCACAUUCAAGAUAAAUUAAUGUGGGCGAUCAUUUGCGUGACAUCUUUGAUUUCAUCUGGUAUCAUUAAUUGUUGUGUUGAAUACGGUGGCUUUUUAAUCAGACAAACUCUGUCUAUCUAUUAA